CGCACGGCGUCCCAGCCGACCUAUAACCCCCAUUGUCUGUGCUAUUGUUCACUGCUAGACGACAGGCCUGCUCGUGUACGACACACACCAUCUAUCUGUGUCUGAUAUACUGCAGGGAUCACUUUGGACUUCACAGAGAGUCUGUAGAACCUCACAACAACGACUUCCCCACCUCAUCUAUUGUCUAAUUUUUGCGACAAAAGAUGAGCUUCCUCAAGUCAUGCUUCAAGCCAUGCAUCGGCCGCGACAGCUCAGUCCCGGCUGAUGUUGCACAAAAGUCCUCUGUCCAGUCGACAGCGACUACACCUGUGACAGGGAGUACAGAGAAGCCUGCAAGCAAGAAGAUGCCCUUCGCUGAGUGGCUGGCCAAGUACCGCAAAGGAGAGGUCACGAAUGAUUACCAGACAGAGGCGCCUACCGAGUUGCCCGAGGAUGAAAAGUUCCUACGUGCACAGCUACCGCUUGAUGAGCGCGAACGCCAGCUCAACAUGUACAAGUACCAGUACCAAGAUGAACCAAACUACCAUGAUGGUAAGAAUGAUCAAGGUACGGAACCGACGCCUCAGUCGGAGACUUUGUUCCGCAUCGUUAAUUUGGCCCGCAAUACCUUUGGUGUCAAGGUCGCCUUGUUGUCUCUGCUGGACGACGAAUGUCAGUACUUCAAGUCAGAAGUGGGUCUCGCAGAGGCAGGCAUGACCGGCAUGGAGACUGUGCCCCGCGACAUCUCCUUUUGUGGUCACACCAUACUAAGCAAGGCGCCUAUGGUCAUCCUCGAUUGCAGCAAGGACUGGCGUAUGAAGAAUAACCCAUUGGUUGCCAACCCACCACACGUCCGAUUUUAUGCAGGAGUGCCCAUCAUUGCACCAGAGGGCUAUGCCCUUGGUACUCUGUGCAUCAUCGACCUAGAGCCACGGGCAUCCUUUGACGGCGGCCCAAAACUCGUUGAGUUUGCCGAGCUGGCCAUGGCUGAAAUCAAGAGCCUGUACGAGCGCAACCAACAGGAAAAGAUGAUCCGCAUGCGUUCUGCCAUUGACGGUUUCCCAACGCCAGCGGGUGCACCUAGCUCCGCCUCGGCACAUGUCAUGAGUGCGCUUGAAUUUGAAGAAUCGCGUCUGCGCAUGAAGCAGACAUUCACGCACGAGCAGCAGCAGGCAGUCUUCAAAGCUGGUCGGAACCAGGGUCUCAAGGUUGUGGCCAAGACGGGUUCGCUCAAGCCCGGAUCGCCCACGACGGCGGAGUCUUCUACUGCUGUUUCAGAUACCACGGCUGGUGCAGUGGCCAAUUCAUCUCUCGAACAAAGUAUUGCUAAUGACCCCUCGAGUCUGGCUGCCAUGAAUGCUCUGACGCACGGGCAAGAAGCCGGCGAGAAGAGCAUGCCGGCUGGUCUGGGCAAUCAGGCCCCAGCUCAGCCGCUUGCAGCCAAUUCAGAGGGACUGAUUCAAACACAGCACAAGGAUGGCGAAGCUGCACUUGGCAAGCCGAUCGACGAACACGGCACAGCAGGUACAACGACUGUCGACGAGUCUAUCGUGGCAACGCCCGCCAAGAAUCCCUAUGAUUUGUCCGUCUUGCUCAUUGCACAGACACUCAACUUGGAUCUGGUCUACUUGCUGGCACUCGAAAGCUCUGCGGAGACGGGUACAACCACACGCGUUGUCUCGUCGUAUGGAUUGGCAUCAGAUCCUGUGUUUGAUGCAGGUCUACACGGUCGUGCUUUGCGUUCCAAGAGUGGCUUGCUCUAUGUUCACCCUGACCCAGAGUCUGCCGUGGCUCGUGAGCUUGGCACGUACAUUUCAGGUAUGCUUGUGCCUGUUUUGCAGUUGGGUAACGGUGGUGGCUACGUGCUUGCUGCAUUCACCAAGAAGAAGUCCCAGGUGUUCGUAGCAGAGGAUCUCAAGUUCCUUCGGGACUUUGGCAUCUCGCUCAUGCGAUGGCUGUUGCAGUCUGAUGCGAUGGCGGCACAGCAACAGGUUGAGCAGGAGAGCCAUGCCGUGCAACAGUGAACCUGGCGAGGAAGUUUGUAAGUCUGCAGACUGUUGGUGUAGUAUAAAUCAAUUGAGCCGACUACCUGGUGAC